AUGGGGAGCGUGUUUUUACCUCAUCUGCAAACAGGAUGGCAUGUCGAUCAGGCAAUCGUAACUGAGGAGAAAAGACUGGUUGUGAUACGGUUCGGUAGAGACUGGGACAAGGACUGUAUGCUGAUGGAUGAGUUGCUUUAUUCCAUUGCAGAAAAAGUCAGAAAUUUUGCAGUGAUUUAUCUAUGUGAUAUCGACGAAGUCCCAGAUUUCAACGAUAUGUACGAGCUUUAUGAUCCUAUGACGGUCAUGUUUUUCUAUCGAAACAAGCAUAUGAUGUGCGAUUUCGGGACGGGCAAUAAUAACAAGAUGAAUUUUGUGAUAGACGACAAGCAAGAAAUGAUUGACAUUUUGGAAACCGUAUUUCGAGGAGCACGCAAGAACAAGGGGCUUGUUGUUUCACCGUUUGAUUACAGCAGUAAACGUGUUUCUUGA